AUGUCGAUGAGCCCCAAGCAUACGACCCCCUUUUCAGUGUCCGACAUCCUGAGUCCCCUGGAGGAGAGCUACAAGAAGGCGGCCAUGGACCACGGCAGCGGCGCGCAGCUGCAGGCGAGUUACCGGCAGCCGCAGGUGUCCCAGGCGGCCAUGCAGCAGCACCACAUGGGCCACAACGGCGGCGUGUCGGCGGCUUACCACAUGGGCGCCGCCGCCGGGGUGCCGCAGCUGUCCCACGCCGCCGCCGCCGCCGCCGCCUACUGCAACGGCAACAUGGCCGAGCUGGCGCCUUACCAGGACGGCAUGAGGGGCAGCGCCACGGCCGCCGGCUGGUACGGAGCCAACCCGGACCCCCGCUUCUCCACCAUUUCCCGCUUCAUGGGCUCCUCCUCGGGCAUGAACAUGGGCGGCAUGGGCGGCCUGGGCUCCCUGGCGGAGGUCCACGCCAAAGGCAUGGGCUCCCUGGCGUCCACCCCGCGGAGGAAGCGGCGGGUCCUCUUCUCCCAGGCGCAGGUCUACGAGCUGGAGCGACGCUUCAAGCAGCAGAAGUACCUCUCGGCCCCGGAGAGGGAGCACCUGGCCAGCAUGAUCCACCUCACCCCCACGCAGGUGAAGAUCUGGUUCCAGAACCACCGCUACAAGAUGAAGCGGCAGGCCAAGGACAAGGUGACCCAGCAGCAGAUGCAGCCGGACGGCGGGUCUUGUCAGCAGCAGCCGCAGCAGCAGUCCCCGCGGAGGGUGGCGGUGCCCGUGCUGGUGAAGGACGGCAAGCCGUGCCAAGGCAGCGGACACACGGCCGCCAGCACGCAGGCCCACCCGCACCACCACCACCAGCACCACCAGCAGCAGCACCCGCAGCAACACCCGCCGCAGGCCGCCAACGUCAUGCUCAUGUCCGCCGGCGGCAACCAGGCGCACCAGCAGCCGGUGGGCAGCGCCAGACACUCCCCGGACUUGGGCCCGCACUCCUCCAGCCCGCCCGCGCUGCAGAGCCAGGUGCCCGGCCUCUCGCACCUCAACUCCCCGGGGGCCGAGUACGGCUCGGCGCUGCAGUGCUCGGCGCUCUUGUACGGCAGGACGUGGUGACCAUGAAUAUAUACAUUAAAAAAAAAAACAAAAAAAAAACAGAAAGACUUUUUUCUUUUUUCAAGAAUUUUUGGACCAUUGCACAAUACUUUUUUUUUUCUACCGGAAGUGGAACAGUUGGGAUAUAUUUAUGUAAAUUAUAUUGACAAAAAAAAAAACAACAACCCUGUAAAAAAUAGCAUUUCAAAGACUUUUUAAUGUCAGCCGCGUAGAUUUAGAAUGUACUUUUUAUUUGGGGUCCCAAUAUUGUACAG